AUGCGUACGCUCACUCCCGUCGCUUCCUAUCCUGUAUGCCCAAUUGUUUCAUUUGAAUUGUGUCGUCAAGCAUCAAACAAGUUAUUCUUUCCUUGCAAUAUAAGCGAGAACCUUGCUAAAGAAGAGGAAGAAGAACCUUUGCCUCAAGAAUUUGUUCUCAUUGAAAAGACUGAACCAGAUGGAACAGUUGAAGAAAUAAUAUUUUCUUCUGGUGGAGAUAUUGAUGUGUAUGAUCUUCAAGCCCUUUGUGAUAAGGUAGGCUGGCCUCGGAGGCCGCUGUCGAAACUAGCUGCAGCUUUGAAGAAUAGCUACAUGGUAGCCACGUUGCAUUCAUUUCGGAAAUCACCUGGAUCAGAGGGGAAUGACCAAAAGAAGUUAAUUGGCAUGGCUCGAGCUACAUCAGAUCAUGCCUUCAAUGCUACAAUUUGGGAUGUCCUUGUUGAUCCUGGUUAUCAGGGCCAAGGCCUCGGAAAGGCCCUUGUUGAAAAGCUUAUAAGGGCUCUUCUGCAGAGGGACAUCGGAAAUAUUUCACUGUUUGCAGAUAGUCAAGUUGUGGAGUUCUAUCAAAAUUUGGGUUUUGAACCUGACCCAGAGGGCAUUAAAGGGAUGUUUUGGUACCCAAAGUAUUAG